AAUCACAGCAAACCAUUUCCUUUGAAAAAAGGUUCUGCGUUAUUCCCGAGCCUACUACUACCACAACACAACAGGUUGGCUGGCCGGCCGACGGGGAAAAAAAAAAAAAAGUGAGAAAGCUGCAGAAAGCAAGCACAAACACCCACGUGCCGGGGGCGUCGGUGAUUUGCACCACGUUCCGCGAUACAGGCAGCGGACCCAUUCACACACACCCAGUCGCUCGCGCAUUUCCCAACCGUCCGCUCGCUCGUCGGCUCCCGGGGCUACCCCAGCUGCGACCUGACGCAGUUCGGUGCGCAUGUGGAUGUCUGGGUAUCCUGUCGGUGGUGACAGUCAGCAGCAGCGACGAUUCGGCAGCGGCAGCAGCAGCAGCAGUCGUCGUGGCUCGAUGAAUCCGCAUCCGCUCUCGUCAGCGGAGCCCGUCACCGCUGCCGCAUUUGCACCUGCAUCGGUAUCCGCUCCCUCCGCACAGCCAAGACAUUUGCCGGGUCUGGUGGAUACCAGAUCCCGGCCCGGGCCCGGGGUGAGUCUGACCCAUUCUCAUGCGGGGCCGGGCCCGAUCAUCCUCACCCCGAGCUCGGCCGCUUCUUCCACCGUCUAUGUCGCCUCGCCGAGUUCGGCCGACGCGUACCACCAUUCGCACUACCACCACCACCAAGGGGGUCACCACCACAGUCACCACUCCCAUUCCCACUCCCACUCUCACUCCCGCUCCUUGUCCAACACAAGUAGUGUUACAGCCGCCGCGGGACCCGCAUCCGGUCCCGAACACGGUGGUGCAUCGUCAUCAUCCACACAAAACCCAUAUGGUCCCCGGUUAACAAGAGCGGCGGGGUACAGCAGCAGCAACAGCAGCAGCACCAACGUUGCUGGCGUUAAGCGCGAAUCCACCGAUGAUCUACAAGGCGUCAACGGGGACUACUCCUCCAACGGUCACCACCACAAUGGACCCUUGUCCGGGCUUGGCGGCACCACUUCCGGGUGGAGUGGCAGUGGCCCGAGUGAGAGCGUCGAAGGAGAUAGCAGUGCUACCUCGCCAACGUCGACAACAACGGGAGGUGGAGGGCCCCAGAGGAAGAAGCAGAAACGGAAUAAACCGACCUUGUCUUGUUUUGAGUGUGUUGAGAGGAAGACGAAGUGUGAUCGGGGCCGACCUCAUUGUUUAGCAUGUAUCAAACGCCAAACCGAAUGCAAAUAUGCCCACGUCGCCAACCUCCUUGAAGAAACAUCGCGCAGCGCUGCCAACGGCCGCCGAAUGACAAAGCCACCACGGAAAAAGACCGACCAGGCAUCAUCGCACACCAGCUCUCUCUUCACCGUUGUCCCCAACGCCGCAGACCGCAUCUUGAGCAAUGGCCGAAUCCCUCUUGGCUCCAUAGCGACCUCAACCGGCCUCCUCUCCAACGUGCCCUUUUCCGCUCCCGGCUCCUCCAACGUGUUCGGCAUCGGCUCCGAACACCCCUUUGCCAACUACUGGACCUGCAACGGCGGGCUUCCCGAAGUCAUCGACGUGCUCCCCGCCAAAAUGCAGGUCGACCUCGUUCUCGACCGGUACUUUGAAUGCGUCGACCCUGUGUAUCCCAUGAUCCACCGGCAGACGUUCUUCGCCGACUACGAGCACUUUUGGACUAUGAGCCUGGAGGAGAAACACAAGUGCGAUUCGGCAUUUAUUGCGUUGGUGUUUGUGAUGCUGGCGCUGGGCACGCAGUUUGUGGAGAGUAAACUCAGCGAGAGGGAACGCCAGCAGACUGCCGAGUUUUAUGCGAGUGCGGCGAACCAGGCGUUGAGGGUGGGCAGCUAUAUGAGCAUGGCGAGCAUUACGAGUAUCCAGGCCAUGGUUCUGAUGACUUACUUUUUGAUUAACGAUAACCACGCUUCGGAUGGAUGGGCGUUUGGGGGCAUUUUAAUGCGGCAGGCGUAUGCUAUGGGCUUGCAUCGUGAUCCUAAUAUUGUCGUCCCCACCGCCCCCCUCUUCAUCAAACAACAACGCCGAAAAGUCUGGCAAGCCGUCCUCCUCCAAGACACCUUCCUCACCGUCCUUCUCUCCCUUCCCCCCUCAGCCACCCACACCGACGUCAAAGUCGAAGACCUCGUCUCCAACCUGGACCCGUCCACCUCCUCCUUGUCUCAAAUCUCCAUCGACGCCUGCGACGACCCCACCGACAUCGCCUACCUCCGCGGCUCCUGGACCUUAGCCAACCUCGUCCAAGAAACCAUCUGCUCCCCCCGUUCCUUGGAUGUACCCAUCUGCACCACAGCCCGACACAAGUCCAAACUCGUCGCCGACUUCAGGGCCGUCUACCGCUCGUUCCCCGAUAUUUUCCGGUCAUGGGACGUGGCCAUGCUGACCCAAAUGGCUGAGCGUAACAAGCGGAUCGUGCGCCAAACGCUGUUUUUGAGCUCCAACUACUUCCACAACCUAAUGCUCGUACACGCCAGCGAGAGCGCCGACGUCCCUGUUAAUGUGCGCGGCACGCUGGAGGCGGCGCACGAUGCCAUCACGGCGUUCUUUGUGCUGUUUUCGCUUUUUGAGACGGAGGCAAGGGUGUGGUGGGUUUUCAACCAUCGGGCUUUCUUGGAGGCGCUGUGUAUAGGGAAUGUGUUGAGGGAGGCGGCCAAGGAGGAAGGCGGGGUGGAAGCGAUGGGGAAGGAUCCGCUGUUUGUUAGAGCCAGGGGGGAUAUUCAUCAAAUGCUUAAUAUCAUGAGGGCGAUGAGUGAAGGGGAACAAGGCUCGGAAACGGCGAGGACGAGGGUGCAGGUCUUGAGCGAGUUCCUUUGAGGUGAGGUUGAGUGAACCGUGCUUGGCGUUAGGAGUUGGAAGGAAGAGCGCUAGCGAUCAAUGACAAGAAAGAGAACCGAACCCUUCAAGAUACCUACGAAUCGAAAACACAGUGACAAUUCUUGACGAGAUGAUCGGUUUGUUCAGGCAGGAAGGAUAAUUUUAAAGUAUAUAAGAUCAUACUAGGAAGGACACCCUAAAAUCACUAUGAAGUACUCGACUGGUGAACAAAGGCGUAGCUGCCAUAGUCACUAAGCAACACUUUAUUGGCAACUAAACCAUCUAUCAGUCAGCAGGAACUAUCAACGUCAACAAAAAAAAAUAAUA